AUGAACCUCAUCUUCGACUUCGACGGCACCAUCACCGUCAACGACACAAUCUUCCAACUCGCCCAAGGCGCAAUCUCCUUCAAGCAGCAACAGCAGGACCUGCAACCCGCCUGGGACGCCAUCGUCAAGGCCUACGGCGACGACCACAAGGCCUUUGCCAAAACUUACAGCCCUCCCGAAAGCGAGCGCCUCUCGCCAGAGCAAGAGCUGGCGUAUCUGUCCAGCCUGAAGGACACGGAGAAUGCGUCGCUGAACAGGGUCGACCAGUCGGGCUUGUUCUCCGGAUUAACGUCGCAGAACCUCUUUCAGAUGGGCAAAAGCCAAGUUUCCAGCGGCGCCGUGGCCAUUCGACAAGGCUUCGUCGAGAUGAUUGAGCUGGCGCGGCAAAAGGGCUGGCACGUCGGCGUGCUUUCAGUAAACUGGUCCGAGGCCUUUAUCCAAGGCGUUCUUCAUCCGAUUGACGUCCCCAUCAUCACCAAUCAGAUCUCCGCAGACGGCACGAUCCAAGGCCCCGAUGGCUUCAACGACGGCGUCAGGCUGACCACGUCCCGCUGCAAGGCCAAUUCUCUAGAGCAGCUCAUCUUGAAGGUAGGGCACUCGUCACGCCCGACCGUCUACUUUGGCGAUUCAACCACAGACAUGGAGUGCCUCCUAGCCCACUACGGCAUCGUCAUAUCCGCAGAUGCCAAGUCGUCGCUUAUGCAAACGCUUGACCGCGUCGGCGUUCCUGUCCCACAUGUCGACAGCAGUCAGGAUGGGGCAAACGUUGUCUGGGCACGGGAUUUUCGGGAAAUUCUGCAAAACCAGACGCUGGAGCGCAUCUCAACAGGCCAGUGA